AUGCCCGCCGCCUUCUUCACCCACGCCGGCUCGGACCUCUUCUACGUCGUCGAGGGCACCGGGGCCCCCGUCCUUCUCCUCCACGGCUGGACCUGCGACCACCUGGACUGGUCCUGGCAGCAGCCCUUCCUGCAGGACCUCGGCUUCCAAACCAUCGCCCUCGACCUCCCGGGGCACGGCCGCUCCGCGGCCCCUCCGCCACCCGAUCCUUUGGUCGACGGCCCGACCAUAUACAGCCCCGAGGCCCUCGCCGACGCCGCCGCGGCGCUGCUCUCCCACCUUGGCAUCACCGACGCCAUCGUCCUCGGCCACAGCCUCGGCACCGUCCUCACCUCCGCCCUCGCCGUUCGCCACCCCCGCGCUGUCCGCGCCAUCGUCCUCGUCGACCCUGUGUACUAUCUUCCCGGCCCGCAGCUCGACCCGUUCGUCGCGUACAUAGAUCAGCCGGACGCGCCAACUCGGGCUGUGGCCUUCUUCGAGCAGGCAUUCUACACGGACACGACGCCCGCGUGGCUGAAGGCGUGGCAUCGGCACCGCACGCUGGGCAAUCACCCGCUCAUUGUGAGGGCGGUGAUUAGGGAGCUGUAUGGCAAGCAGGAGAGCAUCGGACGGAGGGAGAAUGCGUUGGUCUAUAACAGGGGGCGCAGUGGUAAGCCGCGGUUCGUGGCAUGCGCGGAUCAGGGAAAGGUGGACUUGGAGUAUGAGAUCGGUGUUGAUGAGGCGACGGAUCGGGUGGAACUGAUUGAGGAGGGGCACUGGCUGCAUCAGCAGGAUGCCGAGACGUUUAAUAAGAAGCUACGGUCUUGGCUUGAGGCGCAGGGUUACUUGCCCGAGUGA